AUGCACUCCAAAGUCACAAUCAUCGGGUCGGGCCCCGCCGGCCACACAGCCGCCAUCUACGCAGCGCGCGCCAACCUGCAGCCGGUGCUGUUUGAGGGCAUGAUGGCCGGUGGUGUCGCCCCUGGCGGUCAGCUUACAACGACGACCGAAGUUGAGAACUUCCCAGGAUUCCCCGAGGGCAUCACAGGCUCCGAGCUCACAGACAAGCUCCGCGAGCAGUCGGAGCGCUUCGGCACCGAGAUUAUCACCGAGACCAUCUCGCGUGUUGAUCUGUCGGAGCGGCCGUUCAAGCUGUGGCGCGAGGACGCCGAUGCCGAGAGCGAUGAGCCCGAUACGUGCGAUGCGCUAAUUAUUGCCACCGGCGCCACAGCCAAGCGCCUUAACAUUAACGGCGAAGAGCAGUACUGGCAGCGGGGCAUGUCGGCCUGCGCGGUGUGCGACGGCGCUGCACCCAUCUUUCGCAACAAGCCACUUGUCGUCAUCGGCGGUGGUGACAGCGCCUGCGAGGAGGCGACCUUCUUGACCAAGUACGCCAGCCAUGUGUACAUCGCCGUCCGCCGCGACGCCUUCCGUGCAUCCGACAUUAUGGCCAAGCGUGCGGAGAACCACCCGAAGAUCACUGUGCUGUGGAAUACCCAUGUCACGGAGGCAAAGGGCAACGGAAAGGUGCUUACCCAUGUCGAGCUCAAGGACGCCAAGACUGGCGAGACCCGCGACCUCGAGGUUUCGGGCCUGUUCUACGCGAUCGGCCACACGCCGAACACUGCCUUCCUUGCCAGCCAGCUCGACACUGAUGAGACUGGCUACCUGCUCGUCACGCCCGGCACAUCACUGACCAAGAUCAAGGGUGUCUUUGCUGCCGGCGACGUCCAUGACAAGCGAUACCGCCAGGCAAUCACUGCCGCUGGCUCUGGCUGCAUGGCCGCGCUCGAUGCCGAGAAGUACCUCGAGGACCUUGAGGCACAGGCCCACGAGAAUGCGAGCAAGCUCUAA